UCCUCACUACUCAUCUUUCUUCCGGUAAUUUCGAUAACCUAAAUCAGUUUGUCCUUCUAUUUCGAAACUUUGGAAAUACAGAUCGGGAUAGAGCCGAUUCGGCCUUAUGGAAGAAGAUCAAGCAUUGAUACCCGGCCUCCCGGACGACAUAGCCUUAGACUGCAUCGCGAGAGUGCCACAACGCUUCCUUCCCGGCCUCAGGCCGAUCUGCCGGCGUUGGCGCGAUUUAGUGACGGCUCCAUCCUUCCGCCGUCACCGUGAGAGAAUCGGCUCGGCUGAGGAUCUGAUCUUUAUCGUUCAAGCCUUAGGCGGCACCGCCGCUUCCAUCGCUGGCGACGCCAAAGAUUCAGGUAAGCCUGACAGCGCCGCCGAUCUCCAUCCGCCGGUUUACGCGUUAUCCGUCUACAUCGCCACGGACGGUUCCUGGCACCGCCUGGCCUCGCCGGAUCCGAUUCCGAUGUUCGCUCAGUGCGUCACCGUCGAAGGGAAGCUGAUCCUCGUCGGAGGAUGGGAUCCCGUGACGCUCGACCCGGUGCCAGAUGUGCGGAUUGUAGAUCUGGUCACUGGGGAGUGGAGAAAGGGCAGGCCGAUGUCAGCCGCACGGUCGUUCUUCGCGUGCGCGGCGGUGGGCGGGAGGAUUUACGUUGCCGGAGGGCACGACGAAAUGAAGAACGCGCUGCGGACGGCGGAGAUUUACGAUGUGGAGGCGGAUGAAUGGGCGGCGAUUCCGGCGAUGGCGGAGGAGAGAGACGAGAGUCAGGGAGUGGCAAUCGGGGGCAGAUUCUGGGCGAUAAGUGGAUACGGAACGGAGACCCAGGGGCGGUUUACGGAUUCGGCGGAGUGGUACGAUCCUGAGAAGGGGGUUUGGCGGAGUGAGGAAGGGGUGUGCUCUGAGGAAUCGGGCUCGGCAGCUUGCUUCGCCGGAGGCGAUGGGUUGUGGUGUGUGGAGAGGCGAGGGGCUAGGGAAUAUAGGGGAGAGAGUGGGUGGAAAGAGGCUGCUCAGGCAGCAGAGGGGAUGAAGGGGACUUCAUGCAUGGCACCGAUGGGAGGCGGCAAGGUUUUCGUGAUGGGGGCCGCCAGAGACGGUGAAGCCGCCGCCGGUGGCAGCGGGGGUUAUGGCAGUUGGAUUUUGGACAUUGUUGCAGGGAAAUGGAUAAGGGUUGAGACGCCGGCGAAAUUUUCAGGGUUCGCGUACUCCGCUGCCGCUGUCCGUAUGUGAGUCUGGUCACCGGCUUGGUAAUCAGUAUCACCCCCUAAUUAAUUAAGAUAAUGAGGCGUCAUUAGUUUAAUAAUGUUAUCCUGAGUGUUAUGGAGCUGCUGAGGACUAGGUAUUGUAUAGUUUUUAUAUUAAAAAGUCAUAUAAUAUAUAUAUAUGUGCCUUUUCUUUUU